AUGAGAAGGAUCCGUCCUCAGCUGUCAAAAGAGAAGAUUGAAGGAUGCCACAUUUGCACUUCAGUAACGCCAGGGGAGCCCCAGGUGUUGCUGGGAAAGGACAAGGCCUUCACCUAUGACUUUGUCUUUGACCUGGAAACGUGGCAGGAACAGAUCUACACUACUUGUGUUGGCAAGCUCAUAGAGGGCUGCUUUGAAGGCUACAAUGCAACUGUGCUGGCAUAUGGACAGACUGGAGCUGGUAAGACGUACACAAUGGGCACUGGCUUUGACAUGAACAUUUCUGAUGAGGAGCAGGGGAUAAUCCCACGUGCUAUCUCCCACCUCUUCAGCGGCAUCGAGGAGCGCAAGCGGGCAGCACAGGACCAAGGCGUGGCAGCCCCGGAGUUCAAAGUCAGCGCCCAGUUUCUAGAGCUGUACAAUGAGGAGAUCUUGGACCUGUUUGACAGCGCCAGGGACCCUGACUCCCGCCACCGGAAAUCCAACAUCAAAAUCCACGAGGAUGCUAAUGGUGGGAUCUACACAACUGGUGUCACCUCACGCCUCAUCAACACGCAGGAUGAGCUGAUCCAGUGCCUAAAGCAGGGGGCUCUGUCCCGCACAACAGCCAGCACCCAGAUGAAUGUCCAGAGCUCCCGUUCCCAUGCUAUCUUCACCAUCCACUUGUGCCAGAUGAGAGUCUGUGCCCGCCCAGACCUGGUGAAUGGGGAAGUGAUCUGCCCCCCAGACGGACCCCAGCCCACCAAUGAAUAUGAGACCCUCACUGCCAAGUUCCAUUUUGUCGACCUGGCUGGCUCAGAGAGGCUGAAGCGGACGGGUGCAACGGGCGAGAGAGCCAAAGAAGGGAUCUCCAUCAACUGUGGUCUGCUGGCCUUGGGAAAUGUCAUCAGUGCCCUUGGAGACCAGAGCAAGAAAGUGGUGCAUGUGCCCUACCGAGACUCGAAGCUGACUCGACUCCUCCAGGACUCCCUUGGGGGGAACAGCCAAACCGUCAUGAUUGCUUGUGUGAGCCCCUCAGACCGGGACUUCAUGGAGACCCUGAAUACACUCAAGUAUGCCAACCGGGCCCGCAACAUCAAGAACAAGGUGGUGGUGAAUCAGGACAAGACCAGCCAGCAGAUCAGCGCCCUGAGGGCUGAGAUCGCCCGCCUCCAAAUGGAGCUCAUGGAGUACAAAGCGGGUAAGCGCGUCAUCGGGGAGGACGGCUCUGAGGGCUACAGCGACCUGUUCCAUGAGAACGCCAUGCUCCAGAAAGAGAACAACACUCUGCGCAUGCGGGUGAAAGCAAUGCAGGAGGCCAUAGAUGCCAUCAACAACAGGGUCACCCACUUGAUGAGCCAGGAGGCCAAUCUGAUCCUGGCCAAGGCAGGUGACGGCAACGAGGCCAUUGGUGCCCUGAUCCAGAACUACAUCCGGGAGAUCGAGGAACUCAGGACAAAGCUCUUGGAGAGUGAGUCCAUGAACGAGUCUCUUCGCCGCAGCCUGUCCCGUUUCUCCUCGCGGCCCCCAUACUCCCUAGGGUCAUCUCCAGGGCAGGGCCUGGGUGUGGUAAGCAGCCCUAUUGCUUCUGUGGAGACAGAGGCCUCUGAUGUCCUCCGACGGGCCAAGCAGGACCUGGAACAGCUGAAGAAGAAGGAGAAGAGGCAACAACGGAAAAGCCCUGAGAAGGAGGCGUUUAAGAAGAGGCAGAAGCUGCUUCAGGACAAUGGGGAGGAGACGGAUGAGAACGAAGUGGAGGAGGAGGAGGAAGAGCGGGAUGAAAGUGGCUGUGAGGAAGAGGACGGGCGUGAGGACGAAGACGAGGAUUCAGGCAGUGACGAGAGCCUGGCGGACUCUGAUUCUGAUCCCGAGGAGAAGGCAGUGAAUUUCCAAGCUGACCUGGCUGACCUGACCUGUGAGAUUGAGAUCAAGCAGAAGCUGAUAGAUGAGCUGGAGAACAGUCAGCGGCGCCUGCAGACUCUCAAGCAUCAAUAUGAGGAAAAGCUGAUCCUGCUACAGAACAAGAUCCGGGACACCCAGCUAGAGAGGGACCGGGUCCUGCAGAACCUCAGCACCAUGGAAUGCUACACAGAGGAGAAGGCCAACAAGAUCAAGGCCGACUAUGAGAAACGGCUGAAGGAGAUGAACCGGGACUUGCAGAAGCUGCAAGCAGCCCAGAAGGAGCACGCCCGCCUGCUCAAGAACCAGUCCCGCUAUGAGCGGGAGCUGAAGAAGCUGCAGGCUGAGGUGGCAGAGAUGAAGAAAGCAAAGGUGGCACUGAUGAAGCAGAUGCGGGAGGAGCAGCAGCGGAGGCGGCUGGCAGAGACCAAGAGGAACAGGGAGAUUGCCCAGCUAAAGAAGGAGCAGCGCAGGCAGGAGUUUCAGAUUCGGGCUCUGGAGUCCCAGAAACGCCAGCAGGAAAUUGUGCUGAGAAGGAAGACUCAGGAGGUCUCAGCCCUGCGUCGCCUGGCCAAACCUAUGUCGGACCGUGUUGCUGGUAGGACAGGUCAUAAGCUGGCGGUGAUGGACUCAGGGGUAGAGGUUUCUGCCAGCACCACUUCAUCGGAACCGGAGUCCGGGUCACGCUCUGUCUCCAGCAUUGUGCGCCAAUGGAACCGGAAAAUCAACAACUUCCUGGGAGACCCUUCACCCUCCCUGAACGGCGCCCGGCCUGUCAGGAAGAAGUUCCCAAAGAAGGGAAUGAGCCAGACCUUCAACAAGGCGGCUCGGCUCAAGUGGCAGUCAUUGGAGCGGCGUAUCUUUGACAUUGUCAUGCAGAGGAUGACCAUCGUCAACCUGGAGGCAGACAUGGAGCGCCUGAUCAAGAAACGGGAGGAACUGUCCCUGUUGCAAGAGGCACUGCUGGGGAAGAGGGAGAAGCUGCAGGCCGAGAGCCCUGAGGAGCAGAAGGGCCUGCAGGAGCUGAAUGAGGAGAUUGAGGCACUGACAGCCAACAUAGACUACAUCAACGACAGCAUCUCUGACUGCCAGGCCACUAUCAUGCAGAUCGAGGAGACCAAGGAAGAGCUGGACUCUAUCGACACUUCGGUGGUGAUCAGCUCCUGCUCCUUGGCUGAGGCACGUCUCCUGCUGGACAACUUCCUCAAGGCCUCGAUUGAUAAGGGGCUGCAGGUGGCUCAGAAAGAAGCCCAGAUCCGCCUGCUGGAGGGGCGCCUGAGGCAGACGGACGUGACCAGCUCCUCUCAGAACCACGUGAUCCUGGACGCCUUGCGGGAGAAGGCAGAGUCUCAUCCUGAGCUGCAGGCGCUCAUCCACAAUGUGCAGCAAGAGAAUGGCUAUGCCAGCACAGAUGAGGAGAUCUCGGAGUUCAGCCUGGCCUCAGAGGGGAGCUUCUCCCAGUCUUUCUCCAUGAAGGGCUCAGCCAGCCAGGAUGACUUCAAGUUUAAGGGGGAACCCAAGCUCUCGGGACAGAUGAAGGCUGUGUCAGCUGAGUGCCUGGGGCCCACACUGGACAUCUCCACCAAGAACAUCACCAAGUCCUUGGCAUCCCUCAUGGAGAUUAAGGAGGAUGGGAUUGGCUUCUCCAUCCAGCAUCCCUACUACAAAGAGAAGGUGUCCCGCACCAUCAGCCUGCCCACCCGUGGGAGCACCUUCCCAAGGCAGUCCCGCGGCUCUGACACCUCACCUCUGACGAGGAGGAAAUCCUAUGACCGUGGACAGCCUGUCAGGACUUCGGAUGUUGGCUUCACUCCUCCCUCAUCCCCUCCCACCAGGCCACGAAAUGACCGCAAUGUCUUCUCCCGCCUCACGAGCAGCCAGAGCCAGGGGUCUGCGCUGGACAAGUCUGAUGACAGCGAUUCCUCUGUCUCGGAGGUGCUGAGGGGCAUCAUUAAUCCAGUGGGUGGUGCCAAGAGUGCCCGGACAGCCCCACUGCAGUGCGUCUCCAUGGCAGAGGGACACACCAAGCCUGUUCUCUGCCUGGAUGCCACUGAUGAGCUGCUCUUCACUGGAUCCAAAGACCGGAGCUGCAAAAUGUGGAACCUGGUGACAGGCCAGGAAAUCGCCUCCCUGAAGGGCCACCCCAACAACGUGGUGUCCAUCAAGUACUGCAGCCACACGGGGCUGGUGUUCACAGUGUCCACCUCUUACAUCAAGGUGUGGGACAUCCGGGACUCUGCCAAGUGCAUCCGCACCCUCACAUCUUCGGGCCAGGUGAUCUCUGGAGAUGCCUGCGCCGGUACCACCACUCGUACCAUCACCAGCGUACAGGGGGAACACCAAAUCAACCAGAUCGCGCUCAACCCCACCGGCACCAUGCUCUAUGCAGCCACCGGCAACUCUGUCCGCAUUUGGGAGCUGAGCAGAUUGCAGCCUAUCGGGAAGCUGACCGGGCACAUUGGGCCCGUGAUGUGUCUCACGGUGAAUCAGACUGCAAGCAACCAUGACUUGGUCGUCACUGGAUCCAAAGAUCACUAUGUCAAGGUGUUUGAGAUUGCAGAAGGCAUGGUGGGUAACAUCGGCCCCACUCAUAACUUUGAGCCCCCCCACUACGACGGCAUUGAAUGUCUGGCCAUCCAGGGAGACGUCCUCUUCAGCGGCUCCAGAGACAACGGGAUAAAGAAAUGGGACCUGGAGCAGCAGGAGCUCACCCAGCAAAUCCCGAAUGCACACAAGGACUGGGUUUGUGCCCUGGCUUUCGUCCCUGGCCGCCCCAUGCUGCUGAGUGCCUGCCGCGGAGGCCUGGUGAAGGUCUGGAACGUGGAUAACUUCACACCUGUUGGGGAGAUCAAGGGGCACGACAGCCCCAUCAAUGCCAUCUGCACCAACUCGAAGCACAUAUUUACUGCCUCCAGUGACUGCCGGGUAAAGUUAUGGAAUUACGUGCCUGGGCUCACCCCCUGCCUGCCACGACGCGUCCUUGCCAUCAAGGGCCGUGCCACUAGCCUGCCUUGACCCACCUGCUCUCUGG